CACCCUUCCGUACUCUAACUUUUCCACCUUCUUCCCUAAACCGUUUUAUUCUCCCUCUCUCCCAUAGCUUUCCCUUUGGUUGCAGAGCUUCGACAUUCCUGUUGAAUGGACCAUUCUCUCUCUCUCCACGUCUCUCUUCCUUCUACUCCUAAAUUCAACUCCAAUCGCUCCGAUUUCGCUCCCGGAUUCCUUUCUGGUUUCUCCUUCUGGAAGCCACCGCUUACUGCGAGGCCCCGGUCUUUGGCUGUUCUAGCCAGUGCCGGAUCCAGUCACUGCGAGUUCGGCAGUUUUAAUACUCCUUUGAACCCGAGGUCCUCCGUCGGCAAGCAUCUCACUAGAGUUUUGCAGAAUUAUAGGCAGCUCUUCCAUGUUUCUGUCCAGGAUGAGUUGAAACGCUUGGCCGAUCGGCGUGAUGCUGCUGUUGACCGUGUGUUGCUCGCUGCUGGCUCCGAUGAAGCCUUGCUGCAUAGGAGGAUUGCACAAUUGAAGGAGCAGGAGUGCCAAAUAGCAGUCCAAGAUGUCAUGUACAUGCUCAUUUUCUAUAGAUUUUCUGAAAUCAGAGUUAAUUUGGUACCCAAGCUCUCUAGAUGUGUUUAUAAUGGAAGACUAGAAAUCUGGCCAUGCAAGGACUGGGAACUGGAGUCCAUUUACGAGUUAGAGGUCCUUGAGAUGGUUAAAGAACACAUAACCGCAGUGAUUGGUUUGAGAGCAGAUUCGAGUGUCACAGACAACUGGGCUAUGGCCAACAUCAAACAAGCACAUCUGGGCCAUGUUUACGUAGCCUCCAUCCUAUAUGGCUACUUCUUGAAGUCUGCUUUACUAAGGCAUCACCUGGAGCAAAGACUCGCCAUACCGAACGUACACCGUAACGGUGGCGGUCAGAAAACUUUCCUUCAGUCCCCAGAGAUGUGUCUUUAUGGAUUUAGAAAUCUUCUCUCCGGUCGUCGUCGUAGCAACGUGCUACCGGUGGCGCAUAACCAGGAGUUUAACAGCAAUCAGGAGAUGGAGGCAGAGAAGUUAAAGCGUUUCUUGACAGGGUUUGAUUCGGAGGCGUUGCAGAGAUGUGCAAAGCUGAAAUCUAAGGAGGCCGUGAAUGUACUUGAGAACCAUAGUUGUGCAUUGCUGGGAAACGAGGAAGUCGGUUUCUUGGAGAGGGAUGAGGUGAUAGCGACUUCAUUUUCAAGCUUGAAGAGAUUGGUUUUGGAGGCUGUUGCUUUUGGUUCUUUCCUUUGGGAUGCAGAGGAGUAUGUGGACGCCAUUUAUAAGCUCAAGGAGAACUAAUCCAGAAGGUAUGUUCGUAGAUACAAUAACACUUUCUGUGUACAUAAGAUGAGUUGCAGACACAUUUCACGAAAGUUCAACCAAAGAAAAUCUCAGAUUCUAAAUGAUAAGGAAUCCUUGUAAGAGAAGUAAGAUUUAGAUUA